UGCAUCCUGCUCUCUUGUUCCUAAGCUAACAUGUAGCUCCUCACCCACAGACGAGGACUGAACCCCCCACACAGAGUGAAGUCCAUCUCUAUGACCACAUUCACACAUCAGGAAAUCGAGUUCCUACAGAAACACAGCAAUGAGGUCUGUAAACACAUCUGGUUGGGCCUCUAUGACGACAGGACAUUAGUUGUUCCAGAUUUCCGAGAGCCACAGAAAGUAAAAGAGUUCCUUCAAGAAAAAUAUGAAAAGAAAAGAUGGUAUGUCCCUCCAGACCAGGCGAGGGCAGUAGCCAGUGUGCAGGCCUCUGUGUCCGGCUCUUCAGCCAGCAGCACUGGCAGCACCCCCGAAGUCCAGCCCCUCAAGACCCUGCAGCUCAACAAGACCCCUCUGCGCCAGUCUCCGGGGCGAGGUCGUUCCCAGGCUCUCAUCGCUGCUCAGGAGAAGAAGUUUGACCUCCUCACUGACCUGGGAGGAGACAUCUUCGCUGCUCCACCCACUCAAACUUCCAGCUCUAGCAACUUUGCCAACUUUGCACAUUUUCCAAGCCACUCGGCACCUCAGGGUAAUUCAGACACCAACUUUGCCAACUUUGAUGCAUUUGGAAACACUGCAAUUCCAUCCCAUCUGAGCACGUCACCCCCAUCGAAGUCCUUUUCAUCAGGGGGAGGUGUGCCAAUUCCGUCAAUGUCUAGUGCCGUCCCCAUCCAGAUAGGCAGCAGCAGAGAGGACCGCUACGCUGCUCUGGCUGAGCUGGACAACGAGCUCAGCUCCUCUGUGAACUCAGGCAGCAGCGUGCCAGGGUGAGACACAGACACAGACACACA